AUGUCCUGGCACGACUUCCCUGCGGAGAUCCGACUUACAGUCCUAGAAAUUUUAUUGCAGGACGGCUGCAGCCUGGCUGGUUACGCCACCGUGUCGCAAGAAUGGCAGACCAUCAUCGAACGCCAUAACUUCGCUCGAAUCAAGCUGACGCCGUCACGUCUAGCCGACUUUGGUCCCGUUACUCACCAUAUGGAGGGCAUGAAUAUGGAGGACAGUAUUCUAAUUUCCAAAGCUCUCGAGGAUCUAUUCUCGACUCUCAGUCAAUGUGACCCAGAAGGCAACUUGCUGCUCGAUAUCAGCGUUCAUUCCUCCAGUGACUCAGAGCAUUGGUUCAAAUAUCUGACCUUUGGACCUGAUAUACUUUCUGACGAGUGUGGCCUAAAUCGACGCGAGGAGCUGCCGAUGCUACUCAAAUCUGAUGACCAACGGCAUGGUUGGAUUGCUGGCAGUCGAGCUUCUGCGCCGAUUAUGGGCGAAGGACCGUUCGACGAUGACGAGCUGGAGUUCCAAUGGUUGGACCAGCUGCCAUUAAUCCCAUCAAUCACAGGUGUGCUUUUACGGCAACAAACCCGUCGACGAUGGAAGCCGAAAUCGUUACUACACAUGUUCGGCCGCUUUCCCAGACUACGGGAGAUUUACUACGAGCCUUGGAGGGAAUGGGGCGAUGCUUUCCGGUCGCUUUUUGAAUCCCUUACUUCUAACAAGCUACAAAAGCUAAUCAUCUUUGAGAAUUUCAACCAAGGAUACUCAAGCGUUAUGCAGUGCAAGCCUAUUAGAAAGCCGAACUCUCAGAUCAGCCAAACGAUCGCCAUAGCUAGCCUCAGGCUUGAGUAUCUCUCGGCUUCGUUUAUGGCGGAUGCGAGUCAUUUCUUCCAUGCUUGCCAACCAUCCUGGGAGUGGCCUAAUUUGACUUCGCUUGCGCUGACCUCACAGCUCUUGACGCCUGAUGGAAGCCCGAGCGAAGUCGCCAAUAUGCUCCAAGCAGCAGCGGCGGCGGCCAUGAAGAUGCCAAGACUCGAAAUAAUGGAGAUAUGGAACGGACGAGAGGGAUUGGCGAUGCUCUUUAGAUAUCAGUCACCCAGGGGCAGGGCGUCUGUGAUAACUUGGAGAGGAACACUGGAAAUCGUCUUGCCACCUCCUGCGAUUCGGGCAUGGCAAAGCUGUCACGGCGAUUCAAUCCAUCAUUUGAAACUUUCAAAUCAGGUAAUUCGGCCUGUGUCGUUACGGCAGCUUCGUAUGGAGCAAAGCAUUUGCAAAGGACUGUGCAAAGGAGUGCUUAACUAG